CACCCGGGAUAUUAGUACAUCCUCCCGUUCCCAAUUCAAAACCCUAAUCAGAAACCCUUUCCCCAAUCAAAGCUCUUCUCUUUCGCUUUUCUUCAUUCUCUCUCUCGUUCGCGCUCAAUUCGCACAUGGCCGGGGCCCCGCCCAGGGAGCAGGCGCUCCCACUCCUAGCGGCGGCGAACAACCACGCUGAUUUGGCCGUCAAGUUAUCCUCAUUGAAACAGGCUAAGGACAUUUUGCUAUCCGUCGAACCCUCACAAGCGGCGGAGCUUUUUCCUUACUUGCUCGACCUUCAGUCCUCCCCGGAAACUCUCGUCAGAAAGUACCUACUCGAGGUGAUUGAUGGGAUUGGGUCCAAAACAAGGGAGCACCUAUCCAUGCUAUUACCUGUCCUAUUGACAUUUUUGAGAGACAGCAAUCCCGUGAUCGCUAAGCAAUCUAUAGCCAUUGGCACUAAAAUUUUUUGUAUUGUAUUGGAAGAGUUAGUAUAUCAGUUUCAACGGCGUGGUAUAGUUGAGAGAUGGCUUGAAGAGGUGUGGGCCUGGAUGAUCAAAUUUAAGGAUGCUGUUUUGGGCAUCAUUUUUGAGGUUGGUGCUAUUGGUCCAAAGUUGUUAGCAAUAAAAUUUCUGGAAACAUAUGUUUUACUCUUCACCUUGGAGUCCAACGAUUUUGGAAUGCGCAACCCUGAGGGAAUGUCAAAGCAAGGAAGGCUGUUCAAUGUCUCUUGGAUUAUGGAUGGUCAUCCUAUUCUGGAUCCACCGCAUCUUAUGUCAGAUGCAAAUCAGUAUCUUGCCAUUUUAUUGGAUAUGUUGCAAUCAGCCAACAGUUUACCAGGUUCCUUGGCAAUUGCUUGUGUAAAUAGUCUUGCAGCUAUUGCACGCAAGAGGCCGGCCUACUACAAGUCUGUGCUGGCUGCACUAUUUGAGUUUAGUCCAAGUCUAGAGACUGCAAAAGGUCGCCAUGCUGUCAGCAUUCAGUAUUCUUUGAGAACUGCUUUUCUAGGAUUUCUGAGGUGUCUUCAUCCUGUAAUUGCAGAGUCAAGAGAGAGAUUGGUGAAAGAAUUGCGAGCAAUGAAUGCUGGGGAUGCUGCAGAUCAAGUUAUUCGACAAACGGAUAAGAUAAUUAGAAACAAUGAGCGUGCUUCACGUGAGCAGCAAUUAAAUAAGGACGAUCAUCUAUCCAACCAAGUGUAUGUUUCUGGGGAUUUCACAAAAAAAAGGCCAACUCCAUUGGAUAGUGAAGAUAAGAACAAUAACUUUGAUGCCACCUCUAAGAGAUUCAGAUACAGUCAUCACGACAAUACAGCCAGUGCUAAUAUUAAUGCUGCUGGACAGGAUCAUCCCAAUGGGAUAUCUUCUAAUAUUUCUGUCAUGGAUGGGGAUCUGAAUCCUGUAGAACAGAUGAUUGCGAUGAUUGGUGCCUUGAUUGCUGAAGGCGAAAGGGGAGUUAAAUCUCUGGAAAUUCUUAUAUCCAACAUGCAUCCCGAUUUACUUGCUGACAUUGUCAUGACAAAUAUGAAGCAUCUGCCAACGAAUCCACCUAACAUUACAAAAUACAUUGACCCUUCAAUUGAUCCUGCACAAGUAUCAGUGUCAAAUGGUUUUUCAACUUCUCAGGCUGUGGACCUUUCAUCUCAAGGACCUGCAUAUUCAGCAAACACAUCAAAUUUUCCAAUUUCAGAUUCAUCCACUUCCCCUAAUCCCUCAACAGAUUCAAAACGUGAUCCACGAAGGGACCCUCGUCGCCUUGACCCAAGGCGCAAUGCAGCUCCUGCUGAUGCUCCUCAACUGCCUCUUCUGGAAGAUAAUGCCAAUCCUUCCCUACAUAAAGUUGUACAAUCUGAUGUUGAUGCUACUAGCCCCUCUGGUCCACUUGUUUUGCCACCUAUGCCUAAUAUUUCUGAUAGAACAUCUGAAUUUCCAACUCCCACAACUCAGGUGGACUUAAAGUUGUCAGAGUUUCCUGUAGCAUCAGAAGGCGAUCAGUCAAUCCUGAAAGAUGAAGCCCAGGUUAUAGAAACCAAUGAAUUUGCUCCUGAUAAGGAAACAGAUAUACAUCUUCCACCACCGCCUAUUGGCAAAGUUGAGGACACUGUUCCACUGGCAUCAGUGAAUGCUACUGUUUUUGAUGAAACAUAUUCCCCAUCGUCACAAGAAGAAGACCAACUUCCACAAGAUAUUUCAAAUGCUGAAGGAACUGAGAGCGCACCUUCAGAUUUGCCUAUGCUUCCCCAGUACAUCAGCCUAGAUGAAAACCAACAAAGAAAUGUGAGCAGACUGGCGCUUGAACGGAUAAUUAAUUCAUUUCAGAACUCACAGAGAACGGAUUUUAAGCAAGUGCAAAUCGCUUUGGUUGCUCGGUUAUUUGGACAGACUGAUAUCAACGAUGUGAUUGGAAUGGUGCAAAACCGUGUUGUUUCAGAUUAUGAGCAGCAAAAGGGACAUGAGCUCAUAAUGCGUAUCCUUUACCACCUUCACAGCCUUGUAAUAUCUGAUUCACAAUCAAAUGCCGCCCUUGUAUACGAGAGACUUCUUCUAGGGGUGGCAAAAUCAUUGCUAAUUAAUUUACCAGCAUCGGACAAGUCUUUCAGUAGGCUUCUUGGUGAAGUUCCUUGCAUGCCUGAUUCUGUGUUGGCAUUGCUUGAUGAUAUAUGUACCAAUAGUCAUUCAACAACCGAUGGUCGUGGUGGAGAUCGAGUUACUCAGGGCCUUGGAGCAGUGUGGAGCUUGAUUAUGGGUCGGCCACCUAGUCGUCAAGCAUGUCUUAAUAUAGCCUUGAAGUGUACUAUUCACCCGAAGGAUGAUGUUCGAGCAAAAUCUAUACGCUUGGUGUCAAACAAACUAUAUUCUAUUAGCUACCUUUCUGAAAGUAUUGAGCAAUUUGCAACUGAUAAGUUCAUUUCAGCUCUAGAUCAACGUUCUGCAGAGUCAUUGCUUUCACAAUCUUCUGAUUCUGAUAAGAGAAUUUCCGGGCAGGUAGAAAACAUGGAAACAUCAAUAAGUGGUUCUCAAGUUUCAGUUCCUGAAAUUUCUCAAAAUGAAGCUAGCAAGAGUUUACAGGAUGCCUCCUCGAAUGAUUCUUCAGUUUCAUCCCUUCAAGCUUAUAGAAUCAUGUCAUUGUAUUUUGCACUAUGCACAAAGAAACCAAUUCUCUUGCAAGUGGUUUUUGAAAAUUACGCUCGUGCCAUCAAUGCAGCUAAGCAGGCUGUGCAUCGUCACAUUACUGUUCUUGUGAGGGCUUUGGGGUCAUCAUCUUCUGAGGUGCUACAUAUAAUAUCUAAUCCACCAGUUGGCAGUGAAGAUUUAUUGAUUCAGGUUCUUAAUGUAUUAUCUGAAGGGAUUACACCAUCGCCUGAUUUAGUGGGGACUGUCAGACAGUUGUAUAAUUCCAGACUAAAGGAUGCAAGUAUUCUUAUUCCGGUUCUAUCAGCUUUUUCAAAAGAUGAGGUUUUACCAAUUUUCCCUCAGCUUGUCCAGCUUCCAUUGAAUAAGUUCCAGACAGCGCUGGCUCAUAUUUUACAGGGUUCUGCUCAUACGGGUCCUGCACUAACACCUGUAGAAGUAUUGGUUGCAAUCCAUGAAAUAUCCCCCGAGCGGGAUGGCGUUCCACUCAAAAAGAUCACAGAUGCUUGCUCUGCUUGUUUCGAACAACGGACAGUUUUCACACAACAAGUCUUGAUGAAGGCCUUAAGCCAAAUGGUCGAUCUGACUCCACUUCCGCUGCUCUAUAUGAGAACUGUAAUACAAUCGAUUGAUGCAUUUCCAGCACUGGUCGACUUUGUGAUGGAAAUUUUGUCGAAACUUGUGAAGAGACAGAUUUGGAGACUGCCUAAACUAUGGGUUGGCUUCUUGAAAUGUAUAUCCCAAACUCAGCCGCAUUCCUUCCGCGUACUGUUGCAGUUGCCGUCACCUCAGCUUGAAAGUGCUCUGAACAAAUACCCAAAUCUUCGCGGCCCACUCACCGCAUUCGCGAACCAAUCUGGCGCUCAGACAUCUCUACCUAAGUCAACGUUGGAUGUUCUCGGAAUGCCCACAUCCUCCUUACGUGCCUCGGAUCCUAAUUCCUCAGCUCACGGCGCCACAUUUACGUGACGUGACCAUGCCUGCCGGAAUUCAAGAACAUAGAUCACAAAGACAGUAAGCCCCAUUAAACAUGCUAUGCUGCCUCGAUUUCCUUUGCUUGUUAGAGAUAGCGCGUGCGUAAGUUCCGGUGACUACCCCCGGCCAGCCGGAAUACUUGGAGGCAAAGUUGAAAUCGGUCGACGAGACUUCUCCGAUGCCUGAAUUUGCAGUGUAGUGGUUUUGGUUGAUAAGGUUGGUGCUGUUGCUUCUUCUUCGUCUUCUUCUUCUUCCAUUUUUGGUGAUAUUCAGGUGUUGUGUAGUUGUCUUCUCUGUAAGCAAUAAUCUUGUCUUCUUCUUCUUUUCUUUUCUCUUUUUUUUUUUUUUUUUUUUUUUUUUUUUUUUUUUUUAAAUAGUUGAUUUUUAGUUCUUGAGGGUUUAAAGUUUUAGAAAGGAAAAAAGAAUUACUGAAGGGUUAAAUUUGUAGCAUUGUGGCGUUGUAUUUUUUUUAGGUCUUUAGGUGAUUACUUAUGUGUGAUGUGUGCUUUCAAGUUUUAUUGUUCACAUUAUAUUAUUGUUAUUAUUUACUAAAAGGGGAAAAAAAUAUAA